AUGAAUGGCACAUCAAAUCUGUAUUCCAUUCAAAAUCGUAAUAAUAAUAAUAUACAAUUAAUCGAUCGUCUUCUAGCAAUUUAUUCAUUAUUACUUAUAUUAAUUGGUACACCAUGUAAUCUUCUUUGUUGUAUUAUAUAUUUUCAAAAAGCAAAUCGUUCAAAUUCGAUAAAAAUAAUCUUUGGUUAUUUAGCUUUUCUUGAUACGAUUGUUUUAUAUACAUUUAAUUUAAAUUAUGUUAUUCGAGAAUUUAAUAGUGAUUUUAAUAUAACUAAUAUUACAUAUAAUAAUAGUGAUAAACAUGAUAAUAGUAUCUAUGUUAUUAUUAUAAAAAAGAAUCUUGAAGAAUAUUCAGUAUUAAUCUGUCGAUUUUUAUCCUAUCUUGCUUUUUCUACUUUACAAACAUCAUCAUGGGUAUUAGCAUUUGGCUCAUUUAAUCGUUAUUUAUUAAUAAAAAAGCUAUCACAUUUCGAAUUCAUUUGUAAACGACCUUAUACUAUAGCUAUAUGUUUAUUUUUUACAUGCUUAUUUUUCUUUUCAAAUAUGCAUAUACUUUUUAUGAAUGGUUACCGUUCAUCUUCUGGUCGUGUUACAUGUUAUGGAAAUCUGAGAUUUCCAUCAUAUAUGGUAUUAUAUCAACGUUUACAUUUAUUUAUUUAUUCACUUUUACCAAGUUUUAUUUUAUUUAUAUUAAAUACACUUUUAAUGCGUAUUAUAUUUGCAAGUAAAAAACGUUUAGAUAAUCAUAGACGUUUAGUUUUAUUUGCUGCUGCAGCAACAACAACAUUACCAACAGAUCAUCGAAAAAGUUUUCUUGCGUUACAACAUUUAUCAUCAGCAACAUUACGACGUCCAAAUAAAAAUAAUCCGGCAAGAUUACUUAAUCGACAUAGUCGAAAAUUAACCAUGUCAUUAAUAUUUAUAACAAUAUCCUAUUUUACUUUAACAUUUCCAUCAACAGUUAUUUUUUCAUUUAUUCGUCCAUAUAUAACACGAGGUGAUGUACGACGUACUCUAUCACUUUUAUUUACGAAUCUAUCAACAACAACACAUACAAUACGAUUUUUUAUUUAUUUUUUUUGUUCAAUUGAUUUUCGAAACGAUUUCUAUAAUUUAAUUUUACCUAAACGAUCAUUUCGUCUCAAUUUUAUUAAAAAUCAAGGACGUCAACAACAAAGAAAAAGUUUACGACAAAGUCUCAAACAAACUGAUUCAUUAUUGUUAUCAAAUAAAAAUGAGCCAGUUGGAUGA